GCUGCUGCAGCCGGAGCCACUGGUCCUGGCUCCGCCGGGGACAUCGCCACGAGCCAGCAGCCACAGAGGGGCCCUUGAAGGUGGCUUAGAGAGAGGGAAGUCCUUCAAGCCUUCCGCCAAGCUGGAGGAGCCCAAGCCCAGCAGAAAGCAGCCGAGCACGUGCCUCCGCUCGGUGAUGGCCAGAGCAAAGGCAGACCCCAAGUUUGGGGAGAUCUUCCGCUUCGACACCCCCGUGCUGAUGUGGGACCAGCACUUCACCCCGGAGACCUGGGACAGGCUGAAAACACGACACGUCCCCUACGGCUGGCAAGGCUUGUCCCAUGCAACGGUGGGCAGCACCGUCCGGCUCCUCAACGCCUCCGCCAACCGGCGCCUCUUCAACAGGGACAGCCUCCCCGGGGGCUGCGUCCGCUGCGCCGUGGUGGGCAACGGCGGCAUCCUCAACGGCUCACGGCAGGGCAAGGCCAUCGAUGCGCACGACCUGGUCUUCAGGCUCAAUGGUGCCGUGAUCAAAGGCUUCGAGGAUGAUGUUGGGACCAAAAUCUCCUUCUAUGGCUUCACGGUGAACACUAUGAAGAACUCCCUCAUUGCCUACGAGGAGUAUGGCUUCACCCAGAUACCCCAGGCCAAGGACCUGAGGUACAUCUUUGUCCCCUCGGAUGUCCGUGACUACGUCAUGCUGAAGUCGGCCAUCCAGGGCAGCCCUGUCCCCGAGGGCUCGGACAAGGGUGAUGAGCCACGGAAGUAUUUUGGACCAGAGUUGUCUGCAGAGAAGUUCAAACUGCUGCAUCCUGACUUCUUGCAGUACCUGACGACGAGGUUCCUGCGGUCGGAGCUCCUGAACUCGCAGUAUGGCUCGCUCUACAUGCCCAGCACCGGCGCCCUCAUGCUCCUCACUGCGCUCCACACCUGCGACCAGGUCAGUGCCUAUGGGUUCAUCACCGCCAACUAUGAGCAGUUCUCAGACCACUACUACGAGCUGGAGAAGAAACCGCUGGUGUUCUAUGCCAACCACGACAUGAUGCUGGAGGCAGCACUGUGGAGGAGCCUGCACCGAGCGGGGAUUAUGACCCUCUACCAGCGGUGA